AAAUAACUACAUUUAUUUUUGGCAUCAACAAAUUGUUCUAAUGAGAUGUGUUCAAUAUAACUUCGCGUCCAACUUAUUUGAUUAAUUAUUUCCAUGAUAAAAAGCACGUUUUUAUAAGAUUGUCUCAUCAUUUAAACCAGCUGGAAUCGACUAUCGAGAAUAUUGAAGUGAACUGACCAUGAAAAAUAAACGUUUUGGAGAGAGUGAGGAGGGGCCAUCUGUGGACAAACAGUCCAUGGACUAUGUAGUGGGAUCAGUAUCAGGCAGCUUGUUUCCAAAGGAGUCUGCAUCCAGCUCCGGAUCAUUAUCAGCCUUGUUCCAAGCUGCACCAGUAGUUGACACUCUGUUCUUUGUUCCUGCUCCCAAGCUUGAACCGAGGAGCGUGGAGGUGAAGGAAGGCGCGGUCACAAAAGGCCUGAACAACCAGAAACAAACAAACAAAGCAGCAAAGGACAAAUCAGCUGCAGACCUAAAUCUAGAAAACAGAGAAAGUGCAUUACAAAAUGCUGACGAAGAUGAACAGGUCCCAAAGAUGCGCAAGAAGUCUAAAAGGAAAGCUGUUGAGAUGGAAGAAGGGGGUGCAACAGAGGAGGAGGAGAGGCAGACAAAAAAGAGGACUGGAGCCCAAAUGGCAGAGGAGAGAGUAAAACAGAAACGAACAGUGUUUGUCGGCAACCUACCUGCCAGCUGCACAAAGAAGACACUACAGCUUGUCUUCAAGGAUCAGGGAGCCAUUGAAAGCAUUCGAUUUCGAUCAGUGGUAAGAGAGGAUCCAUCUAUGUCACGCAAAGUAGCAGCUAUUCAACGUAAGGUUCACCCCAAGAAGCAGAGCAUCAAUGCCUACGUGGUGUUCAAAGCUGAAGAAGGAGCCGAGAAGGCAUUGGAAAGGAACGGCAUGGAGAUUGAGAAAGACUUUCACAUCCGGGUGGACAGGAUCUCCAAAAGUUCAUCGCACGAUCACAAGAGGUCAAUAUUCAUUGGAAAUCUACCAUUCGAUAUAAACGAAUUGCCACUGCGACAGCACUUUGAGGAGUGUGGCAAGGUGGAGGGGGUGCGGUUGGUGCGGGACAAGAACUCUGGAAUGGGCAAGGGUUUCGGCUACAUCUUAUUCGAGAGCAUCGAUUCUGUCCAGCUGGCCUUGAAACUAGACAGCUCCAAACUCCUUGGCAGGUCGGUCCGGGUGAAGAGGUCAGUGAAGAAGGAGAAAGAGAAGAAGAAAGUGGUGCACAGAGGUCCCAGAGGGAAAGAAAGAGAGACUAAGGGUGCAGGGAAGGAGAAGGGGCCUACCAAAGGGGGCUUUAAGGGGAGACCGGGCCAGGGCGUUCCCCAAAACAAAUCUUUCGGGAGGCCGCAGGGGAAGGGGCCCCAAAUGAAAUCGAUGGGGAAGCCAUUCAAGAAAAGUCCAGGCGAGGCAUCGAAAGCCACCACAGGCCCCGCUUCCUUCAAAGGUGAGAUGGCUGACCCGAACAGCAAAAAAGCAAAGGCGAAAGCACUGAAGAAGAAACUCAAACCGAGGAAAAGGAAUCAGGUUGUACACAUUUGAUGGUCUGUGCUUUGCGCCUUUCGACUGUUGUGUAAUGUAAAUGUAUUUCAUAUCGUUCACAAGCAGAUAACAGUUGUACAAUUAAAAUGUGAGUGGAGCUAUAUCAUGAGAUGGUGGGUAAACGUUCCUGACGUAACAUCCAGGCCUACCCUCAUAAUUUCCAGUUGAAACAUGGUUGUUUUAGGUUGGGGCUGUCCCACCCAAUGAUGUAUGUAAAUAUGUACAGUGAGGGAAAAAAGUAUUUGAUCCCCUGCUGAUUUUGUACGUUUGCCCACUGACAAAGAAAUG